CUGAUUGGUUCGUAGGCGCAAAGGGGUGGGUGGAGUCGGUGGCCGCAGGUUACCGGGAAAAUGGCGGAGAAAGGGGCAGCGGCUGAGGAUUGAGAACGGGGGAGGGGAAAAACCGAUACUGAUAUCGGGGGUAAUGAGGGCACAAAAUAAACCGGUAGACGAUUUUUGUAAGAUGUUCAUUGCAAACGUUUUCUACUAAAAACUAUUUUGGUAUCGGUUAAGAAAAUAAAACAUCAAAACAAUACGGAUCUUCCCUGGCAACACAUUCUGCUUGGAUACAUACGGAUUUGUUUUUAUUUUUUACAAUUUAUAAUCAGUUUCUGAAUCCAGAGGUUUAGCAGAAAUUACUUUUUAUAGUUAUUACAUGUUGGAUGUGUAUUUUCACCAGAGGCGAAUAUUUAGCUUUCUGACUUUUUUUUUAAAUAAGUCCAUAGAAAUAGAAAAGCUGGGAUCAUAAAGGGAUCAUAAUUUCUUUUCUUUUUUUAUCCAGAAGAAAGAGGAUUUUAAAAAUUAUUAAAGUUUUUAUUUUUUUGUGGCGUGUGUUCUGUAUUGGAAAAUGGACUGAAGAAAGCUUACUAUAUUAGUACCUACUCACUCAGUCACCGUUCAGACAAACAUGUUUAGUGUGCUGUCCUCAACCCCUUCCGGUUACCUCUCUAUACCAUGCUCCGACUACCCUGUUGGCUUGGCCCCCUAACACGCGGGACAGCCAGCUUUCGCUUCGCAGAGGGACUGCACACAGCCAGGCAGCAGCACCAACACAUUCCCUCUGGUUGUGGCCACCGGCGCCCUCACCCACCCCGCAAUGAUGUAUGCCACUCGCUUCUACAGCAGUGGUGGCGGUAAGCCAGGCAGGAGGGCUGGCGUUGGGGGAGGAGGGCUUCCAGUGCUAGACAACCACCACCUCCCUCAGUCUCACCCUCACCCACAAAACUACCAGCCUCAUGUCUACCAGGGGAGGCCAGACGGGCACCGCAGCCAUUACCACCACCACGGUAAGAAGAAGACCUGGAAUUUCAUCCACGAGAAGAUGAGCUAUGACACCUUCUUCACCAUGAAGCGCCUGAUAGACCGCUCACGCACUGUGGAUGAAGUCCUGCGCUGGGUCACCCAAAACCCGGGAAAGAUUUCCUACAACCACUACCCCAUCGCCCUGCAGAAGAUUGGGCAGCUCCUGCAGCAGCAGGGGGGAGGAGGUGGAGGGGUGAGUGGCCCAGCAAUGGGAGCUGCUGGGGGAGAGAGCCACUAUCGGCAGAUCUCAGAGCAGCAGGACUUCCAGACGCUGUGUGACGCUAUUGUCAGUGACUGUGCCAAGUUCGACAACUUCAGCAUCGUCAAUUGCCUCUACGCUGUAGCAGCUCUGGGUCUGCCCAGUGACUCCCAGAUCGUGCAGGUGCUGGAGGAAGAGUCUCGCAGUCGCCUCUCCCACUUCAACCAGAAGGACAUCUCCAUGGUGUUCAGCAGCAGCAUGAAGCUGCACCCGUCCAGCCAGCACCCGCUGAUCGAGUCCUGCCUGUUGGGGCUGGAGAAGAACAUCGAGCGGGAGCGCCACCCCCAGACGCUCUUCCUGCUGCUCUCCUAUUACCGCCUCAAGUGGCGUGCCCUGCAGGCUGAUGGAUACACGCCAGAGCAGCUCCUGGCCAACCGCAAGAUCCUACGCUUGGUCAAGCACACGCUGGCCAGCGUCAGCAACGUGCGUGACCACGAGAUGGCGCUGCUCGACGAGAUGCUGUCUGCCUGCACCCGCGAGGCCAGCAACAAGUCAUUGGAGAUCAUCUUCAGCUCCCAGCUGUUCUACGAGAACCGCCAAGAGAAGUUCAUCAGCAGCCUCGCUGAGGAGCUUCCUAAGAAGGUAGACAGCAUCACUCCCUAUACGAUGGCUCUCAUUGCAAAAUACAUCGCCAGACACCGACUGCGGGAAACCAAACUGCUGGACACCAUUGCAGAGUUUGUGGUCAAAAAGGGGGAAUAUCUCGACAGCAAGGUCAUCCAGAAGCUGGUGUUCCCGUUCAGCAGAAUGAGUUACCGGCCUUCCAGCGAGGCACAGUUCUUCGAGAAGCUGGAGUCUGUGUUGGAGCAAAAAGCCAUGAAUUCCCCACUCGCCACUGUCAACAUCAUCAUGUCUUUGUUCCAGCUGGGCCACUUCCCCAGGCUCAUCCUGCACCGCGUCUUCUCCAGCACCUUCAUCAGCAACGUCACCAACAGCCCGUACGCUCUCAUUGUGCGCCGCUACCUGUCUCUGCUGGACGCCGCAGUGGAGCUGGAGUACAGUGACUACACAGGGCCGAGGCUGGAGGAGGGGCACAAGGUGCUCAUGUUUGACCACGCAUUGACCGCCGACGAGGUCAACCGCAAGUACAGCUAUAAGGGUCUGGUUGCAGAGGCUCUGAGACAGCUGGUUGGGGAGCAGUCUUACAAGCAGGAUGAGGUGCUGGCUCCUGGAUAUUACACAGAUUUCUUGCUGUGGAUCAACAGCUCUGGUAGGGUGCUGCAGAUCAAAGGGAACAGUGGAGCCGUCUCAGGAGCCACACCGACAGGCCUUUCACUGGGGUCAGGGACCCCCAUACCUCCGGAUCCCCAAUCUGCAGUGUCUGUCCUGACCUCGGACUUCCACAAAUUCUCCCCCUUUUCCUCCCCCCUGGAGGACGGGCAUGAGAAGUGCAGUGGGGAGGACCUGGUUCCUGAGGUAGCCUUCCUGUCACACCACAUGCGCCCCCCUCCUCCAGGGGGCACCUUGGGGCAGCGGGGAGGAGCAGAAUACAGCACCUACUACCAACCGCCCACCGAUUACUACAGCAGCCUGGCCAAGGAGCAGUCUCUGGAGAGCCAGGACAGCUCCACCCUCAGCAGCCCAUCGGACUGCUUGGCACAGGCUGGGGGAGGCGUUGGGGGGCCGGCAGAGUGCUCCUCCACAUCCCUCUUCCAGUUCCCUAUCAGGAAGAUCCUGGAAGAGGAGGUGGUAGCCGGGCAGGAGCAAGAGCUGCCCAGCUUCUACGAGAGCGUGCCAUACCCCGAUGGAGGCCAAGGGGUUGCAGCAGAGAAGGGGGGCAUGGAGAUACUGAGCCCUGCCUCCCCUCUACAGCUCCACAACCCGGGGGUUAGGCAAGCAGACAAGGAGCGCAGGGCCGUGGAGCACCGGGACGAGAUCAGGAGGGUGGUGAUGUCAGUGAAUGAUAAGUGGCACUACUGCCACAACUCUGAUGUGCUGGUGGGCUCUCGAGCCAUGCGGGACAGACACCUUCAACUACUGGGCUACGUCCUUCUCCAGUUACCAUACCACGAGCUGGAGAAGCUGAAUGGGAUCGAGGAGGUGAAGCAGUACUUGCACAAGAAACUCCUGGAGGUGCCCUUAUGACACACACAGGGCUGAGUGUAGCGAGAAUCCUGCUGCUCACCUCAGUACUACUAUAGUGAUCUGAGAGACUGCUGGGCACAGGGAACCAAUGGGUAUCAGAUAUCUGAGCAUGGGGGAGGGGAAGAACAGGAAUUUCUUUUCCUUGUGUGGUGCAGGGUCAGAGGGAGAUUGUGGUAGCUCACUGUUUUUUUUUUUUUUAAUAUUCUGUACCUAUCGUCGCAUGAAGGUUGCUACAACCGUUUCGGGGUGGGGGUGGGGGGGAGUGUCUUUUACAACUGUCAUUGGUGGAGUGGUUUAGGUUUAUUUACAAGGUAAUGACUGUUAAAUUAAUAUCUCAAUAAUAAAAAAUGACUAUGUGGGAGAGGGAUAGGGUGGAAUAAUGGUGGAUUUCUUAACAUAACUUGGUGUGACUGCAUGGGAGGCAGUGCGGUCGUGAACAUGUAAGAUAAUUUCAUAUUAUAGUGAUAAUAAUAAUGAAUGGCUUCAGGAGAACCAGCGGUCAAAGUGACGCACCCAGCUGUGGAUAAUGGGAUUGUAUAAAACUUUAACAAAAAUGUUGUUUCCUUUUUUUUUUCGCACCCUUUCAAGUUUAUUAUUGAAACCUUAUUUUUCUUAGUACUCCCAACUUUUUAUUACAUAAACCUCGUUCACAGUGAUAUUCGCUGCUUGCUGUGUGCGUUAGCUUUGCACUGUAGAUGAAGUUUCCUAUUUAGUUACUUGUAAACUUGUGGAGGAAGGAAUAAUUUAAUAUUGCGUGUGGGGGGAGGUCAACAAGGAGGUUGGUGGGUGGAGGUGUUUGUUUAUAUAUAUAUAUAUAUAUAUAUAUAUAUCUAUAGGCUGUUCUACUUGAUCGUUUGAAGGAGCAGUUAGGACCCCAGACCGAACUCGAAUCUUGUUGAACUGUUCAGUGUGUAUUGAAUUGCAUGGUGAAGUGCUAGUCCCAUUCAGGGUAUGGAGGUAUGCGUUCUAAAUAAAUCCCAGUUUUACAUUUGCAA